AUGAAACAGCUAGGUAUCAGAAGGACAAGUCUGUCAGCUAACCUGAAAUUUGGAGACUACAAGGACUCUCAUUCUUACAGGAGAAACAGUUUUCCUCUUCCACAGAUGAACUUAAUAAAAAAGUGGAGCUCUAUGGAAGAUAUAAAUGAUCAGAAAGCUGUCAAUUGUGCACAAGCUUCUAGAAAAAUGAAUUUGUUCUUACUCAACCUCAAUGUUGGAGGGAAAAGAUUCCAGAUAGAUUACAACGUGGCAGCCCAGUAUCCAGGCACUAGAAUUGGGAAAAUGGCAACAUGCGUCGAUCCGGUGAAAAGACUGAAGCUAUGUGAUGACUUUUUAGUGCAGACGAACGAAUACUUUUUUGAUCGUGACCCUGUUGUUUUUUACUACAUAUUUCAUUUUUAUCGUAGUGGUAUUCUGUGGAUUAUGGAUGAACUGUGUCCAGCCAACUUUAUUGAAGAAAUAGAAUACUGGGGUAUCAAUUUAAACUAUAUCCAAAGAUGUUGCCGUAUCCUCUUUGAAGAACAUUAUGAUGAGCUCAAGGAACAUAUUAAAAUACAGAGGGAACUUCAAGCAGAAGCUGACCGACAUGACCAUGAGAAGCACUUUGAAGGAAAAUGGAUGAGUGAUUUAAGAAAGAAGAUUUGGAAUUUGGUGGAAAAUCCAUACUCUUCUAUUCCAGCUAAGAUUAUAGCUAUCUUGUCAAGUUUUUUUGUGUUGAUUUCCGCUGUAGUCAUGUGUCUGAGCACUGUAGAAGAACUCCAGCACAUGAGUUUAAAUGGAAAGUCAUACAUGGAUCAAGUGGAAAUUGCUUGUGUCAUAUUUUUCACCACUGAGUAUUUUAUGCGAUUGUUUUCAACUGCAGAUGUAAAAAGAUUCCUAAAAACAGUACUGAAUAUAGUUGACCUUAUAGCCAUCCUACCAUUUUACAUUCAGAUCAUAUUUGAGAGGUUCUCUGAAGAGACAGACUUGUGUUUGCACCAUGAUGAUAUUGAGAAAAUGGAAAGAGUGGGACAGCUGGGAAAAGUCUUGAAAAUUAUAAGACUGAUGCGGAUAUUUCGGAUCUUAAAACUGGCUCGGCAUUCCACAGGUCUAAGAGCUUUUGGCUUUACUAUCCGCAAAUGCUAUCAGCAAGUUUGCUGCUUGUUCCUAUUUAUUGCUAUGGGUGUGUUCACAUUUUCUGCACUCAUGCAUUCGGUAGAACAUGAUGUACCUGGUACCAAUUUCACCAGUAUCCCUGAUGCCUGGUGGUGGGCAGCGGUCAGUAUAUCCACUGUAGGAUAUGGUGAUACGGUUCCUGGCACUGUUUUAGGGAGAAUUGUGGCUUUUCUGUGCAUAUCUUUUGGCAUUAUCCUCAAUGGCAUGCCGAUUUCAAUAUUAUAUAACAGGUUCUCUGAUUUUUAUGCAAAACUGAAAGCUCAUGAAUCUACAAGUACCUUAAAGCUUGGGGAGGACAUCAAAUUUAAAGAAAGGAUCCUAGAAAAGGUAACUUCCUGUUGUUCAGUGAGGCAUGGGAUUAAUAAUUAAUUGCUUUCUGUAUGUGGGACCCCUUUUUUCAGGAACUUUGUGGACAGCAAAAGUAAU